AUGUCUUCAUUAGAAAGGAUUCAAAUAUAUGGAAUUCGCUCUUUUAACCCUGUCCGACCACAGGUCGUCAGUUUUCAGACACCUCUCACUAUUAUUGUUGGUCCCAAUGGAUCUGGAAAAACAACUAUAAUAGAAUGCUUAAAAUACGCGACCACAGGCGACCUCCCACCAGGGGCUAAAAUUGGUGGUGCUUUUAUUCAUGAUCCAACACUUGUCGACGAAGCUGAGGUCAAGGGUCAAGUAAAGCUAGAAUUUAACAGUGUUCAUGGCCAUAAAAUUACUUGCACUAGAUCAAUGCAAGCAAAGGUUACUUCAACUAAUCUUAUCAGGGCGUCAACCCUUGAGACAUUAUUACAAGUAGUUGAUCCUAAAAAUUUACAGAAGGCUAGUCUUACAGGUCGUUGUGGAGAUGUGGACCGUGAUAUCCCUAUUCUUCUUGGAGUAUCGCGCGCAGUUCUGGAUAAUGUUAUUUUUUGUCACCAAGAAGAAUCAACUUGGCCUUUAUCUGAACCUGCUCCUUUGAAAAAACAGGCUCAGAAACUCCGUGAAGAUAAAAUUUCUCUAGAACAAUUAAGGAUUGAAAAAGAAAGAGCUGCUAAGAUAGAAGAACGUUUGAAUUCUGAUCAAGCAAGAGCUGAAGAAUUACAACAAAAAAUGGUUGUUCUUAAUGAACAAAAGGAUAAAAAUAGUCAAGAAAUUAAUGAAUUAAUAGAAACAAUUCGUAAAUUAGAUGAUAUCAAUUCAGAUCUGAUCAUAAAAAAUAAGGAAAGGACUGCCGUAGAGAAACAAAUUGAAGAAUUGUCAAGCACAUUAAGUGAGAUGCACGAAUCCGAUGAAGAAUUGGUGAGAAUUAGACAAGAUUAUGCAAAUAGAGUUUUUACUCAAGAUACAGAUCGAAAAAGCUUGGAAAAACAAAAGUCUUCUGGGGGGCAGCUUCAAGCUGAACAGAAUGCUAAUGAUCAACGUGUUGAAAAUCUUGAACAACUG